CUGUGGUAUAAUAGAAAGCGACAACGACAAGCGUGAAGCGUGUGGUAUUUUGUCUUGUAAAAAUAUUUUACGAUAGUUUUUGCGUGUUAUUGUUGAAAAUGUAGUGUUAAAAUUAAUUAUAAAUGUGCUUAAAACUCUUAUUUAACUUCUAAGUAUUCAUAAUACAUAGUUUUAAUGUGCAAAUCAUCGAAGAUGGUUUCGGGCAGCACGAGGGUGAUUCAAGUCACCAACAUAGCUCCCCAGGCUACCAAAGAUCAAAUGCAAACGCUUUUUGGAUAUUUGGGGAAGAUAGACGACAUCAGGUUGUAUCCAACAAUCAGAGAUGUAUCGUGUCCGGUGCAGUCUCGAAUAUGUUACGUAAAAUAUUACGAUUCGGCAACUGUGAACGUUGCGCAGCAUAUGACCAACACCGUGUUCAUUGAUCGUGCUCUUAUUGUGAUUCCCAUGCAGUCGGGAGAGAUUCCUGACGAGCACAAGGCUUUGGAGAUGUCUAGCAAUGGGACUUUGGUGCCAGGACUGAGUACUGUGGAGCCACGUUUGCCGGCGCAUGUUAUCAACGCUUUAGACGGUGUACCUCCGAAUCAGGUGAUCCAGACUCAUGAUCCGAAGAUGGUAUCGUUGGGUCUGCCGCCAUACCCGCCGCUACCGGCGACUUACGACUCGAGGAAAAUUGAAGAAAUCAGAAGAACAGUUCUAGUUGGAGAUGUGGAGUCAUUGACCUCUCAGCAGUUGAUUGAUCACUUCUGUCAAGCUGGUGAGGUGAAGUACAUGAGGUUUUGUGACCGAGAAGUGGAUAAGCAGAGGUAUGCUUUGAUUGAGAUGACAGAACAGGAGUCUAUUAUCAAAGCGCUGCAGUUGAACGGUAGCGCUGUUGAAGGACAAACUAUCAAGGUAUACCAUGCAACUCAAGCUAUUUGCAAACCACAAACAAAGAGUAACGAAGCAGCUCAACGGGAAAUUGAGGAAGCUAUGUGCAGGGUAAAGGAAGCCCAGAACUUGAUCUCAGCUGCCAUUGACCCUGUCAUAGGUCUCUUGUCUAAGGAUAAACGAAGGACGAGGUCUAGAUCCCGCUCGCGGAGGCGGUCUCGGUCCCGCUCUCGUCGCUCACGCUCACGUCACCGCUCCAAGCGCUCCCGCUCACGUUCCCGCCAUCGCUCGCGCCGCUCCAGGUCACGUCACAAGCACCGGUCUAGAUCACGCUCACGUCACCGCAGUUCCCGGAGGUCACGGUCGCGGUCUCGGCACCGCAGCUCGCGUUCCAAACGCGACCGUUCGCGAGACAAAGAUAAAGAUAAGGACAAGGACAAGGAUCGUAAAGACAAGAAGGACUCUUCUGAAAAGGAGAAGAAGGAUAAAUCUAAGUCACCUCCCAAAGAAGUGGAGAAGGAAGUAAAAGAAGAAGUUAAACCUGAACCAGUCCCCGAAACUAACGGUAAUGGCAAUUCUUCUGAAAUAAAAUCCAAAGCGUCGACACCAGCAGACGAUAAACCAGAAAAAGACAUUGAAAAAGAGAAAGACAGGUCUCCGUCAAAGAAAAGGGAGAGAACACGAUCUCGAGAAAGAAAGCGCGAUCGUUCGAGGUCGCGACGUAGAUCACGGUCACGAUCUCGUAGGAAACGCUCACGAUCCCGCAGGAGGUCGCGUUCUAGAGAUAGAAAAAGAUCUCGUUCCAGAGACAGAAAAAGAUCAAGGUCACGAGAUCGCAAGAGAUCUCGAUCCAGGGAUCGUAAGAGGACUAGAUCUCGGGACAGGAAACGGUCUAGGUCGAGAGACAAGAAGCGAUCUCGUUCCCGAGACCGCAAACGCUCUCGAUCAGGCAGCCGUCGCUCCAAGAGCCGUUCCCAUAGGGACUCCAAAACGCCUCACGAUCGAAAGUCAAGAGACCACACUCCUAAUCUUUCCGUUAUAGAAGAAAAGGACUUAUCUACUAUAGAAAGUAAGACUCCUGAAGUAUGCGACGAAAAGAAUUCUCCGGACAAUAUGGAUAUUUCCAAUUCUCCAUAGUUCCAUUGUACACAAACUUGCUUUCAAGUUACAAAAAAUCUGUUUUUAUUUAUAUUAAUGAACUUUAAAUCCAUUUUUGCUAAUUUCCACGUGUCGAUAGUACAUAUUUGGCGAUAUUUCUAUCAAUUUUGUGUUUUAUUAAUAUUCAGUGAAAACUUAUUUUUGACUCAAGAUGUUAUUAUCAUUAUGUUUUUGUAAGUAAAAACCUGUAAUUUUCUUUGUAAUGUCCUAGACCUUAACUUGUGAACUUUAUUAGUGUGUUCUAGUAAUAGUUAAUUUUAAGAUGCAAUAAAGAAUGAAGGAUCUA